UGCCUCAUCUUUUAAUAAUAAAGUUGGAAGCUUGUCCUUGAAUUUUGCUUCACAACAAAUACAAAGCUAGCUAAUUGUCGGUGGUGAACUGUGAAUUUGGAGAGAGUUGAUUGAAACUCUCUGAAGAAAACAAUGUCAUCCGCUUUGCUAAGGGUUCUACUACUAGCUCUGCUCAUUUUCACACUAUCCCCUCAAAGAUCAGAUGGGCAGCCGGGGAUGGAGUUGGAGGAAUGGUGCAUAGCAGAUCCCCAGACCCCAGAUGAUGAGUUGCAGAAGGCCAUUGAUUGGGCUUGCAACCAGGGUGGUGCCGAUUGCAGUAAGAUACAAGCAAACCAACCAUGCCACUUACCCAAUACUGUGAAGGAUCAUGCAUCUUAUGUCUUCAACGACUACUAUCAGAAGUUUAAGCACAAAAGAGGAACUUGUUACUUCAGGGCUGCCGCCAUGGUUACUUCUCUUGAUCCAAGUCAUGAUUCUUGCAAGUUUGACUAUGUUCCUUAACAAAGCUGAGGAUGGCUGUGAAUCGUAGAACUAUAAACAAAAUUUAUACUCUUGGUGUUCUUUUCUGCUAAUUUUGGAGUGAAAUUUUCUGUUUUAAUGAUUGUCGCCUAUGAUUUUUUUUAAGUGCUGAAAAUCAACUUUCAUUUGGGCUAAAGGGCCCAAUUUUUACUCCUUUUUCAUGAUGGGCCUUAAUAAUCAAGCCCUGCGAAGUUCUGUAUUCAAUUCUGAUAAUAGGCCCAACAUCGCUUCUAUCACAAAUCACAAUUUCAUUCGAUUUA